AGAGAGAAAGAAUAAAGAUUUGGUGCAAAUAAGGUUCAAGGACUUUAAGGAACACUGAGAUCCUUGAGGAAGACCUAGCCAGGAUAAAGGGAUGUGCUUGGAGCCAGCUGCAGACAUAAUAUCUGGCAGAGCCUCCUAAGGCUGAGUGCAGGAUCUCUUGGCCUGGCAAGCUCUGCUGUGUUUCAACACACAAGAGAAAACAAAGAGGGAUCCAGAACAACAUAAAGGAGGUGGACAGAGACUGAGGGGAUAAAAGCAGAGAGAUAGUCAUGUUGCUGGGGGACAGUGCUGGUUGGAGGGUCGUUUUGUGUUUGAUGUCCUAUGUUCUUUCCGUGGCAGGGGCUCAGGACACACACAUGACCCAUGCUCUGAGACUGAUGUCAGAAACACCACUCAUCGAUGGACACAAUGACCUGCCUUGGCAGCUCAGGAUGAAGUUCAAUAAUCAGCUCAGCAAUGUGGACUUGUAUACACUCAACAACACACACACCAACAUCCCCAAGAUCAGGGAAGGAAGACUGGGAGCACAGUUUUGGUCAGCAUAUGUUCCAUGUGAGAGCCAGUACAAGGAUGCUGUCAGGCAGACUCUGGAACAGAUUGACGUGGUCCACAGGAUGUGUCAGAAAUAUCCAGAGGUCUUCAUGUUUGCUGCCAGCAGUCAAGAUAUCGUGGAGGCGUUUGCUCAGAACAAAACGGCCAGUCUGAUUGGGGUUGAGGGAGGGCACUCACUGGACAGCAGCCUGGGCACCCUGAGGACCAUGUACCAGCUAGGGGCGCGCUACCUCACCCUAACACACAGCUGCAACACACCCUGGGCAGAUAACUGGCUGGUGGAUACAGGAUCCGAGCCAUCACAACACGAUGGUCUGUCUGCGUUUGGCAAGCAACUGAUCAUGGAGAUGAACCGUCUAGGGAUGCUGAUCGACCUGGCCCAUGUGACAGAGAAGGUGAUGGACCAGGUGCUGGACAUGUCCCUGGCUCCUGUCAUCUUCAGCCAUUCGUCCGCCUACACUAUCUGUCCACACAAGAGAAACGUUCCAGACCGCAUCCUCAAAAGGGUGAGAGAUAAACAGGGCAUUGUGAUGAUUAACUUCUACAACGACUAUGUGACCUGCAGCAAAACUGCUUAUCUGUCCAACGUAUCAGAUCAUUUUGACCAUAUAAGGAGUGUGGCUGGAGCUGGCAUCAUUGGCUUUGGGGGGGACUAUGAUGGAGUAGGCAGAGUCCCAGUGGGUCUUGAGGAUGUGUCAAAGGUGCCUGGGCUGGUAGCAGAACUGCUAAGGAGAGGUUGGAACGACACCGAGAUCAAAGAUGCUCUUGGAGACAACCUCCUCAGGGUCUUCAGAGAGGUGGAGAAGGUGCGAAAUAAUCUGAGAGAUUCUCAUCCAGAUGACCUACCUAUCCCCUACUCUGAGGUGAAGAACACCUGCAGAACCAGCUACGGCUACCCAGACCCAGACAGUGGUGGUCAUGUCCUAACCCUCAGUCCCCUGGCCCUGCUACUGGCCCUGGUCCUGGGGGGACUAGCUGCUUGAGGAGGAAG